GACUAUUAUAGAUACUGCCACUGUCUGCUCAAACUAGUGCAGUGACCCUGUAACAAUAAAUUGGUUGCAAGUCACGAGAAACUCAAUUAUCUUGUGGAGUGCAAGAAAAGUCAAUGAAACCUUGCUCAGCAGCCAUGGUUGGUGCGUUUCUCCUUGCGUAUAUCAUCAUGGAUCUACUCCUUAAAUGUGAAGCUCAAGAAAUUCAUCAAGCUAAGAUUUUUAGUGAAAAUAAAGAAGUACCAGAAGGUGGUAGACUGGAGGUUACUUGCAGCACAUUUGGUUUUAUAGGAAAGGCAGUUUAUUUAUAUCUGUGUAAAAACGGUAAAGCUAUUGAAAUGAAAAACGGUCGCACUCAAGACACCACCUUUAAAAUAGAGAAAAUAGCAAUGAACCAUUCAGGCAACUACAGCUGUGUGUUUUCAGAAGAGCGGCUGCAAAUAAACAAAGUGACGGGAUACGGUCAUAAUUACAUCUUCAUAAAUGUGAUUGAGUCUUUUAUUUAUACGCAGAUACAUUUGCUCAAGUCUCAGGUGCCAGUGGGAAGUAAUGCUGAAUUCAACUGUACAACAUCCAGUCCUUUACGCAACAAACAGUCCAGGAACAUGAUCUUGGUUUAUCUAAUCAAAAAUGGAAAUCCUGUUAAAGUUAAUAUUUGGGACAAAGAGAAGACGAUGACAACAUUCACUCUCAGAGAGGUCCAGAUGGAAGAUGCUGGGACGUACAGUUGUGUUGUAUUGUUAAAUAUACUCCCUUACCACGAAAUGAAAAUUCAUCAAAAUAUUAAAGUUGAUCUUCAUGUAACUGCAACAUCUCACAGCGGUUUAAUUGUCAUAAUGGGCUCUGUCACAGCGUUACUUCUCAGUCUGUUUCUGGGAAUCUGGGCACUGAUCCAAAGACGAGAUGAAGAAUAA